UUUAGCAAGCUUAGCGGAACACAAACCAAAUCAUGAGUACCUGUGUAGAAGAAACGGCUUUCUCGAAAACGAAGGAGACCACCAGGAUUGUAAUUAUCGGAGCAGGUGCAUCUGGAAUUGCGGCUGCCACUAAGCUUUUGGAGCAAGGAUUCAAGAAUGUGCAGCUUUUCGAGGCAGAGGAUCGGAUCGGAGGUCGCAUAAACACGGUUACCUUUGGGAAUAGUUUUGUUGAUCUGGGAGCUCAGUGGUGUCACGGGGAAGAGGGCAAUGUGGUCUACGAAAAGGUUAAGGACCUGGAUGUCCUCGACAGGCCUGGUGAAUAUACCAUUUACUUUGUGCGUUCGAACAAGGAAAUCCUCUCCAACGAACAGACCAACGUUUUCAAGGAAUUCAUGGGUAAAUUCGAUGUAAAUCCAGAUUGUGAGGGAUCCGUUGGCGACGCCUUAACCGAAAGCUAUUGGAAAGAGAUGAACACUCAGUCGAUUUUAAAUGACAAAUCCAUUAUAAAGGAGGCUCUCGAUUUCUUGAAAAGGCGCAUUUGCAGUGAGAAUGCCUGCGAUAGUGUGUCUGAACUUUCGCCUCGGAACUACUUGAACUUUCAGGAGUCUGGUGGCGAUCAAAAUCUCAGCUGGCGGCAGAAGGGCUACAAGAAGUUCCUAAGUGUACUACUAAAAUCUAACGAGGAUCAACCCGGUGACCAUGGAAUCCUUAAAGGAAAGGUACACUUAAACAGAAGAAUUGCCGAGAUCAAUUGGUCGGGAAACGGUGAAAUAACACUGCGCUGCUGGAAUGGUCAAAUAUUCUCCGCUGAUCACGUAAUCUGUACUGUCUCCCUGGGAGUUCUCAAGGAGAAGCAUCCAAAGCUCUUUGUCCCAGCUCUUCCAGCUGACAAAGUUAGCUCCAUUAAAGGUCUAAAGCUUGGUACCGUGAACAAGUUCUUCCUGGAGUUCGAAGUGCAGCCACUGCCAGAGAAAAUGAUGGGCAUUGCUUGCCUUUGGUUGGAAGAAGACCUCAAGGAGUUGCGAGGUAGCAAAUUCUUUUGGUUGGAGAGCAUCUGCGGAUUUCAUCGAGUGGAUCGUCAACCACUGUUACUGGAGGGCUGGAUCAUUGGAGCCCACGCCCGCUACAUCGAAACCCUCAGCGAGGAAAAGGUCCUCGAAGGUCUCUUGUGGCUCUUCAGGAAGUUCCUUAGCUUCAGCGUUCCCUAUCCGAAAAGCUUCUUGCGGUCCCAGUGGCACUCCAAUCCGAACUUCCGGGGCAGCUACAGUUGCUACCCCACCUAUGCAGAUGAACUUCGCACGGGACGCACGGACUUGGGGUCACCACUGGUUGAUGUCUCGGGAAGACCAAGGGUUCAGUUCGCCGGAGAAGCCAAGAGUCGAACCCACUUCUCCACGGUUCAUGGAGCUACCGAAACAGGGUGGCGCGAGGCAGAUCGUCUUAAUGAAUUCUACAAAGGGCGAGCUGAAAACUAACAUAAGAGGCAGAAAGCACUUAACGCUCAAAACCCACAAAAGAAAAUUGCUUUAACAUUAA